CACAUCGCCCACCACCGUCGCUCCACACCGCGCGGCGAACUUGUGGUCCGAUCACAGAGGAGCCCUCUCCCAGCUUUGUGACACAGAUCCCCAAUUCGCCGCACCCGAUUCCAUUCCAUGGACGGCCGCCGCGAGGGCGAGCUGGAGGCGCACCGGUGGCCCACGUGUCCCAAGGAGGCGCGGGAGAGGGACCCCGCCUCCACACCAGCUGCAAUCCUCGUCCUCGCCCUCAUCGGCGCCACCGUCACCACCGCCGCCGUUGGUCAACUGCGCCGGACGGCUAGCUGGUUCUACACCCAGUCUAGCAGGUCUCAACAACACGUCUACUGGGAAGAUGCACCCCGGGGCUCGAACCGGUAUGGUGAUGCCUGGCGCUAUUACCGGAGGACGCGUGAGACAAACGAGGAUCAGAGGGAGAGAGUGGAACGCAUCAGGCGCAUGCAAGAUAUGUUCAAGAAGGAGAGAAGUAAAUGCCGGGAUUACAGGACUAGGGAUGGCCAUAAUCCAAGCUAUAAUCAGCAUAGUCGUAGGGAUGACUGGUAUGGGGACACAGAAUCAUCUUAUGCUAAUCAAAGAGCAAAUUUUAGAUCGAGACCCAGAGAAGCUGUGAGUUGCAGCAUGUCACAUCAUUAUUCUGUCUUGGGUCUAAGCAGGGCAAGAUCAGAGCCAUUUUCAGAUGCUGAAAUUAAGAAUGCUUUUAGGAGAAAAGCCAUGGAGUACCAUCCAGACCAAAACCAAAACAACAAAGAGGUUGCUGAGGCAAAAUUCAAAGAGGUGAUGAUUUCUUAUGAAGCAAUAAAAUUAGAAAGGCAAAAUGGAAGUUGCUAGCACACUCAUGAUAUGGAACUGUUGUGUAUAUUGGUGUUUGACACAAGAUAAAGUAUGUCCAGAAACCCUUAUUUUACCUUCUCAAUGGAAGAUGUAGCAUCAGAUUAGCCGUUAGUUAUGGAUUCUGAUCAUCUAGCCGCCCAGCUAAUACUGGUCCAAGACAUGCGGAUGGAACAUGUUGUUAUCGCGAUGUCCUUGAUAAACCUGGUUGAGCAGUUUUGCUCUCACUGGCUGAAGAUAGAAUUCCAGUGGUGCGUUACAUAAUGAGCCAGUUCACUGACUUUUCAGCUUGUUAUAAAUAAAUAUGUUUACACGA